GGCACUUGCAGACAAGGAGUGUCCGGACCUGGAGAACCCGCUCUUCGGCUUCGUCGAGUUCAACGGGAAGCGUGUCGGCGCCCAGGCCAAGUACAAGUGUCAGAAGGGCUACCACCUCAUAGGAGAGGAGACGAGACAGUGCCAGGGUGACGGCUCUUGGUCCUCCGCCCCGCCAGAGUGCCGUGAGAACUUAUACUGCACCAGCCCGCCCAUCAUCCCCCACGCCCGUCACGACGGUGUGGAGACCAGGACGAGGUUUGAGGUCAACCACACCCUUAAGUACACCUGCUACGAGGGCUACACCACGCGGGGCUUCGAUGUGGCCAAGUGUUUCCUCUACAACAACACCAUGCAGUGGUUUGGCCCGGAGAUAGAGUGUGUUCCUAAGGAGUGCGGGGACCCGGGGGAGAUCCUCAACGGGUUCAAGGAGGGCAGCUGCUACUCCUUCUCGUGUCGAGUGGUGUACCACUGCCGGCCGGGCUUCCGCAUGGAGGGACGCACCAACUAUUACUGCCAGCAUGACGGCUCCUGGAACCCUCGCGACCUGCCCACCUGUAAACCCAUCCAGUGCAACAUCCCAGACGACCCUGACAACGGGAAGGCCACCUACAACUCCGUGUUCUACAACGCGGUGGUCUCCUACGACUGCAAGUACGGCUACAUGAUCGUGGGUCCCUCCACCCGGCGCUGUGGGCCGGACACCCAGUGGAGCGGCACCAUGCCUCGCUGUAAAGAGAUCGACUGCGGGUCCCCCGGUGAGCUGUAUAAUGGCUGGCUGGAAGGCUCUCGGAGUAACUUCGGCGCCGUCGUCAAGUUCAACUGCAAUGAUGGCAUGAAAUAUGAAGGUUACCGUAGCACAGAGUGUCAGAAGAAUGGCACCUGGUCACAUCCGCUCCCCAAGUGUCUAGCUCCCUGCAUCGUGCCGACCAUCGACAAUGGCAGCCUCACCAACGACACGCGGGCGGGCUCCCAGGUGCCCCACGGCAGCAUCAUCAGGGUGGUGUGCGACGACUUCUUCGAGCCCACCUUCAAGUCGGUCCCUUCCACCUGUUAUAAUGGCACGUGGACCCACUACCCACACUGCCAGCCAGCUCGGUGCAAGAAGCUGCCGGGUCGUCCUCGCCACGGAAUGGUGAUAGCGCCCCGGACCGGACACGGGAUGCGGGCGAGGUACCGCUGCAAGGACGGCUACCGCCUCAUGGGCCCCCCGACCACCAAGUGUCACUUCGGCAACUGGACGGGCCGGAUCCCCUGGUGUCGGGUCGUGUACUGUCCGUUCCCCGGGUACCUGGAGGAUGGCCGGGUCCUGCUGGUGGGCAACAUGGGCAUGUAUAUCUACCGCCCCUACGUCAAGAAGGUACGCAAUGACAGACGCAUCCGCUACGAGUGUAACCGCGGGUACUUCCUGUCCUCGGGACCACCUGGGGCCACCUGCGUAGCUGGCAGGUGGAGCCCAAGCAACCUGCCCAAGUGCUCUCAAGAGCUACACCCGCGAGCACAGUGGCUCAGGAAGCGAUCAGUCAACAACUCCGACUACCUGGAAUACCUGAGCGCCAGGCAGGAGUGGCAGAGAGGGGCAGCACCUGCGGGUCGUGGGGCGCCUGCUCGCCUCCCCUAUUUAACAAGGUCAUGGGGGAAGCGGACUGGGAGGCUGGCCACAAGUGGCUGGCUAUAUAGUGGUGCUACACAUACAUUACCAACACGUUCGUCGUUAGCUGUACAAUACCUCUUGUUAAAUGGAACAACUUUUUCCAUCCAAAAACAUUUAGAGAACAGUCAAAGUUUUAAGACACGGGCGGAGUUUGGUGAGGCGGGCAGUGAGUGGGUGAGGGAGAAGACAGUGCCGAGCCAAGAGGGUAGUUCUGGGGUCCACUUGGACGGAGGCGCCGUGCUCUCAAGAGUUUUGAGAAACGCGAGAAGAGACAAUAAAGGCGAAGAUCACAAAAGAAGAAAUAAAUCGAGAAAGAAGGGUAAAAAAGCCCCACACUGCGAGGAGGUGGGCGGGGAGCCGCUGCUGAGGGUGGAGGUGGUGCGGGCGGGCCGAGACCUCAACUACACUUUCUCGGCCGGGGCGAGGCUCAGGGUCACUUGUGUCUCGGGCCACGGCCUCAACAUCGGCAACAAGACGGCCAAGUGCUCCCGCGGCAGGUGGAAGCCCUUGAAGCCCGAGUGUAUAGCAUUGCCAUGCUCGGUGCCAGACGCUCCUCAUGGCCAGUACACCUUCAACGGAGCCGAGGUGCCGGAGAGAGCCACCAUCGGGCACGCGGAGGUGGUGAGGUUCCUGUGUAACGCUGGGUACACUGUCUUGGGCUCCGACACUCUCCGCUGUUGGUACGGCGACUGGACCGUCACCGGCGCCCGCCCUCAGUGUCUCCCAGAUCCGUGCAGCCUGCCCAAGGUGGCACACGGGGCGUACCCGGAGGCCGUGCUGCAGGAGGGAGAGAGGGUGGAGCACGGGAGCAGCGUGCAGUACACGUGCGAGGAAGGGUGGCUGGUGGGGGUGGAGGAGGUGCGGUGCCUGCUGGGGCGGCUACAGCCAGACCCGCCCACCUGCAUCACUCCCGCCCAGGCCACUCACGCCGCCCACCGCCCACCGCCGCCCCCGUACAUGCGCACGCCCUCCUUGGUGUCAUACGGGAGCGGUGACCUGACCCCGGGGGGAGACAUCACCAGUAUUGACACGCUGCCAAACCUACACAACUCCUGCAGCCCUCCGGCCCAUGUGCGAGGCACCACCAUAUACAAGAACGGCCAACCUCUCCAUAGAGAUGAGCUCAGGUUUCCAGACGGUACAGAGGUGACCUUCAAGUGCAUCACCAACACCAUCGGGGAGAAGACGACGUGGAAGAUCCGGUGUAAGGAGGGGUCGUGGGUGGGGCAGCGGGUGCCCUUCCCCUGCACCACGGAGGAGCCCACCCACCACUACCUCCCCGUAGGGAACAACUCCUGCACCUGGAGGAACACUCAGGCCAACCUCGUCACCUUCCACGGUGACCAGGAAGUCUCAGGCGAGGUGCUAGAGUUUCCUCAAGACACAGAGCUGGUAUCUCGGUGUGUUGACAUCGGCAAGUAUGCCAUGGUUGGCACUGCCCACCGUCGCUGCCUUAACGGUUACUGGAGCACCGCCGCUCCCGUCUGCUUCGCUCUCAACCGUGAACACGACUACGCCUUGGACCGUCCGCCCACAAUACUGUUCCGCCACAAGAACGGGCCCAUUGCUCAGACCAAUGAUGGGCGGCUGCUGGUGUACCCGGGCACCGAGCUGUACCUGGAGUGCCUCUGGAUGAGACGCUACGGUACGCCUCGCUGGAAUGUUUCUCACUCCCACGCGCCAGUGGUCGGUGAGGUGAGAGAGAGCCUGGUACUGAAGAAGCCGGAGGAGCAGACUGCUGGCACCACGGUGCUGGGUGUGGGGAAGUACUGGACGGGCUGGACGACAGAUGCCCUCAGGAACCCCCAGCUGGAGUUCCGGCUGGCGCUCUACACCACCCACCCGGGCGACUCCGGCCACUACACCUGCAUCACGCCCACGGGUCACGCCCACACCGUCACCCUCGAUAUCAGACGGGUAGACUGUCCGGCAGUGAACGCCAGUGAGGGUGUUCGUCAGGCGGGGCCAGGAGCUACCACCCUGCACUAUCACCCUCAAGGAGAAACUGCCCUCGGCACCAUCCUCACCUUCUCCUGUGACGGUGGCUCCUCCCUGGUUGGUGAGGGCCAGGUCAAGUGCCUCCCCUCAGGCAACUGGUCGGCCCCAGUACCACACUGUCAGAAGGUGCAUUGUAGUGGACCCGGAGUGCCAGAGCACGGCGAGGUGACGCGCCCGGGGCCCUUCUCAGCCGGGGACCUCCUCGAGGUCAAGUGCCACUCCGGCUACGUGUUGACAGGCCAGCCCUUCCUCGUGUGCCAAGAGGACGGCACUUGGUCUGACCACUUGCCUAAGUGUUCGCAAGCGUGCACCUACCCUGGGAUCAUCAUCUCUGGUACCAUGAGCUCCGUCAAGUUCUACUACCCCGUCGGGGACAACAUCACCUACACCUGCAGCACCCAGUUCCUCCUGCACGGAGACCGUACCAUCACCUGCCGCAGCGGUGGCAGGUGGUCCGCCCCUGUCCCCUCAUGUUUACCACGACCUUGAAUGGUAGAUACAUAUUGCCUCCCAGGACGUGAGGGGGUAGAUCCAAGUGUGUCCUCCUGCACCACCCUCCAGGCCGUGAGGGGUAGAUCCAAGUGUGUCCUCCUGCACCACCCUCCAGGCCGUGAGGGGUAGAUCCAAGUGUGUCCUCCUGCACCACCCUCCAGGCCGUGAGGGGUAGAUCCAAGUGUGUCCUCCUGCACCACCCUCCAGGCCGUGAGGGGUAGAUAUUUGUUCUACCUUCCUCUCGGAGCUGUGAGCUGCAGACAUUUGUCCUAACUCUCAGUGAGGCAAUUCUCUAGUCGUCUCCCAGAGUCCUCAGUGGUUGAUUUGUGUUAUUGUUGCCAGUUUAUUGAGCACCCCCAUACUCAUCCUGCGAGGGGUAGUUCACUGAGCCACUCAUACUCAUCCUGCGAGGGGUAGUUCACUGAGCCACUCAUACUCAUCCUGCGAGGGGUAGUUCACUGAGCCACUCAUACUCAUCCUGCGAGGGGUAGUUCACUGAGCCACUCAUACUCAUCCUGCGAGAGGGUUGCCCAAUAAGAUUUCAAGAGGACACAAAAGGUUUUAAGCAGACCCAGUAGAUGUGACUCAACAUUGUUGGUCACGAUUUCCAUACACUUUUUUUUUACAUUAUAAUUAUAUUGAUAAUUGCGGUACUGUUAUUUAUGCAACUAAUAUGUGUAAAAGUGUAACGCAAUACUGAAGCCAAUUAGGUUGAGGCAACAUGCCGUCAAUGAGAACAAUAAUAUGAAAGUAGACUUUAUAUGCUGAUACCAUUUUGCCAUUAAUUUACCUGUAUUCACUUGAGGGUCACAGUCCCUGUAAUGGCUUCGACGGAGACAGGAAGCAGUCGACUUGUCAAGUCUCUAUUAUUCCUGUGGAUUUUUUCCUAGUUAAAUUUUAAACUAUUUUUAUUGUCUUGGCAUUUAAUUUCAGGGGCUAGGCUAUUACAUGGUUUAUGAUAGUAAGGUGAAAAUGUCUCCCGUCUUCUGUUGCCGCUAAAUGUAUGUGUUACUUAAAACCCCUUAAUGUGAUUUGGAGUAAUGUACUCCAACUUGUUCACUAUCUUAAGGUUACAAUGUGACGAGCUCUGUCAUGUCUGGUUUGCUGUCUCAUGAUAAGUCUUACCAACAAGUUAAGUGUUGUCUUACAAUGAACCAUCUUGAUAAUACUGUCAAAUAUUUACACCUUGGAUAAUACAGAGUAAUUUAAAUAGUGAUAUUUUUAUGUCAAAUGGUCUCAAAUAAGCUAUUAGUAGCGAUGAUAACUUAUAUUAUUUUCUAUUAGAAUUUGUAUUUUUAGGCUAAACUACGAAGAUUUCAGUUGUGUUAUCAUUAACAAUAAUUUCCUUGUCAUUUCUUGACAACUGUGUUUUGAUUGAUUUCUUGACGGUCCAGUUUCUUCACCCAAUCUUAAGAAGGUGUGUGACCUUUGUCCCUACUGUAUUUCCUGAUACCAUAGCAGCUCAACGUCCAGAUACCCGUAGCCUCGUAUUCCGGCUGGGACAACAUCUGCAAGUGUGGUGUUGACCGUGGCUCCGUGCAGGUGUUUUUUUGACAUAUUGCCAUUGAUAAUGGAUAUUCUAAUUCAUAUUUGUACUCUUCACUCUUGAAAUUCAUUUGAAAGAUCUCUUCCAUUUUUCGUUUUAGUUCAUUUAUUAUGCACCUCAUACCCACCCUGUGAGUAUGUGCCUCAUACCCACCCUGUGAGUAUGAGCCUCAUACCCACACCCUCAUGGGACCAGACCUGUUGUCGCUUUCCAUAUAAAAAGUAUGUAUCGUUAUUGCAUUAGCGCUUCCUAACUUCAGUUUAUCCUGUGUUAGUGUGUGUGUACUAGUUCGAUGACUCGAAACUCAUAGUUCAUAUUCAUGAAUCUAUAUUCAUAAACAUGCAGGUGUUUAUAUUCAUCGUUCUUUUUCAGUCUGGAACAGCAAGUGAUGAACCUAUUAUUUACACAGGACGCUUGCCUUACAUAUUUUAUAUAUACAGUAUAUGUAUAUUUUAUGUGGGUACACAUAUAAACACAGACAUAUAUAAAACACACGGACAUAGAUAACGCACAAAUAUAUAUAUAGAUAAAUGUAAAGAAUGCACAUAUACAGGCGAUGAGUCACAAUGCACAUAUAUUUAGAACGAACAUAUGUAAAGAACGCAUAUAUUA